AUGGCCAGUUCUCAGGGACUGCUGACCUUCAGGGAUGUGGCCAUAGAAUUCUCUCAGGAGGAAUGGGGAUGCCUGAACCAGAGUCAGCGAGAACUGUACAGGGAUGUGAUGUUAGAGACCUAUGGACACCUCCUCUUCUUGGGCCUCAUUGUGUCGAAACCUCACCUGGUCAUUUUUUUGGAACAAAAGAGGGAGCUCUGGGAUGUGAAGAGAAAGAAGACGGUAGCCUCACCAGCAGCUAUAUCUUCACAUGGCACCCAGAAUUUCCUGCCAAAGCCAUGCAUAGAAGCCUCUUCCCAAAAUGUGUCACUGGGUACAUGGAAACAUCAUGCCCUUGAGAAUUUACACUUAAUGAUAAACUGGGACAGUGGUAGAAAGAAUGAAGCACAUCAGAAGUUUCAUGAAGGACGUAGUCCAAUUGAGAUGACCGCCCAUAAUAAGAACCUCAUGACCCCAAAUGAUGAAGGACAUAAAACAUCUUGGAAAACCGCCCUUUUUACAUCCACUAUUUGUGCAAAGCAGUGUGCAUCUGUAAGCAGAAGUUCCAAUCAAACAUGCAAACAUACAUAUUUGUGCAAAGAAAAUUUGGAACAUUUGGAAAGUUACCCCAUCCACACUGAAAACAAUGCUGUGAACCAUUGUGAAAAUUCAAAAAUGAAGAUGAAAGGCCUAGGACGUCUCAAUUUGGGAGGUGCUUCACAGAGGAGGUGA